CGGGCCGCUGCUGCUAUGAUGCAAUGGCGACUGCGCCGUGGGAAGCGAGCGAGGAGUUGAAUGAGUUCCCUCCACAGUUGAAGUGAAGCAGCAGCUUGCCGAUCAGCCAGGACGCCCGUCAGCGCCGAGGGACGGACAGCGGACACGGAGACACUGGCAGUGUCCCCCGUCCUACCACACUACAUGGAAACACGCAGCCAGGUGUGUCCGCUAGCCGCACAGCUGGCCGUGUCAUGCACGUAGGAGACGUUUCUCACACAUCUGUACGACGUUGCAGCGAGACGAGCACCAACACCCUGUUUUGCCCUCGGUAGCCGAAACCAAGUGAGGAGGGGUUGUUGUUAUUAUUAUUAUUAUUGUGUUGUUGCAUUGUCCUCAUCACCGGCGACUCGCUGGACCUAUCCGUGCUUUUUUUUUUUUUUUUUUUUUUAUACCAUGGCAGAGAGAACCUCAACCGGGUUUUUAACGAUGAUGUUGGAGCCCACGCCGGCUGUCGCUAUGACCCUACCGGCGGAGGUCCGGGAGAAGCUGGCGGAGCUGGAGCUGGAGCUCUCUGAGGGGGACAUCACUCAGAAGGGCUAUGAGAAGAAAAGAGGCAAGCUGUUGGCACCAUACAUCCCACAGAUACAAGGUGUAGAUCCUUCUCUGCAAAUUGACAACAGGAUCCAGGCCUCCUCCCAAGCUGUUCUGCCAGGUUCCAAACACAACAAGUCCCGGGCAGCCAACACCCGGGAUGAACGCUUCAGAUCUGAUUUGCACACAGAAGCCGUCCAAGCAGCUUUGGCAAAGUACAAGGAGAGGAAGAUGCCAAUGCCCUCCAAGAGACGAUCUGUGUUAGUUCAGUCCUCUGUUGAGGCAUGCACCCCCCCAGACACCUCCUCGGCGUCGGAAGACGAGGGCUCACUCCGCCGGCAGGGACGUCUGGCCACCUCGACGCCCUACCAGGGCCACGGCCACCCAGCCGUUGAGCACUGGUUUAACCGUGUCAUCCAGGGUUCGUCCACCUCAUCCUCCGCGUCAUCCACCUCAUCCCACCCAGGAGGGAGAUCCGUCACCACCACCAACACCACCUCCCACGCAGCCCUCAACGCCAACGCCGCAGCUACCGCAUUGGCCGACUUUAUGGCACACACCCAGCUAGAUAACCACUCGGCGCCCCCCGAUGUGACGGGGCUGUCGGAGCGCUCCUCGCUCCAUACGGAGCGUCCCCAGGUGGCCUCGGUGCGAGGCGUUUCCCGGGGCUACAACCACCACAUCAGCGUCAUGGAGACUGCAGAUGGUGUUCCAGUCAACAGUCGCGUCUCCUCCAAAAUCCAGCAGUUGCUCAACACUCUGAAGAGACCGAAGCGGCCGCCGUUGCGAGAGUUCUUUGUCGACGACUUUGAGGAGCUUUUGGAUGUUCAGCAGCCAGACCCCAACCAGCCAAAGCCAGAAGGCCAGCACAUGAGUGCCCUGGAAGGAGAGCCUCUCGGGGUGGUCAACAACUGGCCUCCCUCCUUGCCAGCAGCCUUACAACGGUGGGGCACUACUCAGCCCAAGAGCCCCUGUCUAACGGGACUCGACAAUGCUGGCAAGCCAGUCUACACACUCACCUAUGGUAAACUAUGGACUCGCAGUCAGAAACUGGCCUACACGCUUCUUAACAAGCUGAGUACCAGAAAUGAGCCUCUGCUCGUGCCCGGCGACAGGGUUGCACUUGUUUUCCCCAACAACGACCCAGUGAUGUUCAUGGUGGCCUUCUACGGCUGUCUCUUGGCAGAGCUGGUACCUGUGCCCAUCGAAGUGCCGCUGACCAGAAAGGAUGCAGGGAGUCAACAGAUUGGCUUUCUGUUGGGCAGCUGCGGCGUCACGUUGGCAUUAACCACCGACGCCUGUCAGAAAGGCUUGCCCAAAGCACAAACGGGGGAGGUAGCCACUUUCAAAGGCUGGCCACGGUUGCUGUGGUUUGUGACAGAUGGAAAACAUGUUGUGAAGCCUCCGAAAGACUGGCAUCCUCCGAUACGGGAAGCCAGUAAUGACAUAGCUUACAUAGAGUAUAAAACCAGCAAGGAAGGAAGCACCAUGGGGAUCACAGUGUCUCAUUCAGCCAUGCUGGCCCACUCUCACGCCCUCACACAGGCCUGCGGCUACACUGAAGCUGAGACGAUAACCAACGUCCUGGACUUCAAGAAAGAAGCAGGAUUAUGGCACGGCGUUCUUACUAGUGUCAUGAAUCGGAUGCAUGUGAUCAGCAUUCCUUACUCCCUGAUGAAAGUCAACCCCCUCUCCUGGAUACAGAAGGUUCACACGUACAAAGCGAGGGUUGCAGUGGUGAAGUCGAGGGACAUGCACUGGUCUCUGCUGGCCCAGAAAGACCAAAGGGACAUCAGCCUGAGCUCCCUGCGCAUGCUCAUCGUAGCCGACGGAGCUAACCCAUGGUCGAUAUCCUCCUGCGACGCCUUCCUCAACGUGUUUCAGGCACGUGGGCUGCGACCUGAGGUGAUCUGUCCAUGUGCCAGCUCUUCAGAAGCCAUGACUGUCGCCAUCCGCAGACCCCCAGAAAUGGGUGUUCCUCCUCCAGGGAAGGCGGUGCUGUCUAUGGGUGGGCUGAGCCACAGUGUGAUCCGUGUGGACACGGAGGAGAAACUCUCUGUCCUUACAGUGCAGGAUGUGGGACAGGUCAUGCCUGGAGCUCUGGUUUGUGUGGUGCGGGUGGAGGGGACACCCUAUCUCUGUCAGACAGACGAGGUUGGAGAGAUCUGCGUGAGCUCAGGUAGCACGGGCAUAGCUUACUACGGCCUCCCGGGCAUGACCAAGAACAUCUUUGAGACCAUCCCAGUAACAUCAUCUGGGAUCCCCAUCAGCGACAGACCAUUUACUAGGACCUCACUGCUUGGCUUUGUGGGGCCGGACAGCCUUGUGUUUGUUGUGGGGAAGAUGGAUGGGCUGAUGGUGGUCAGUGGGAGGAGACACAAUGCCGAUGAUGUGGUUGCCACAGCACUGGCAGUGGAGCCCAUGAAGUUUGUUUACAGGGGGAGGAUAGCAGUGUUUUCUGUGUCUGUGCUGCAUGACGAGAGGAUCAUUGUUGUGGCAGAGCAGAGGCCGGACGCCUCUGAGGAAGACAGCUUCCAGUGGAUGAGCCGCGUCCUUCAGGCCAUAGACAGCAUCCACCAGGUCGGGGUGUACUGCCUGGCUCUGGUGCCUGCCAACACGCUUCCUAAGGCUCCUCUGGGCGGCAUCCAUAUAUCUGAGACCAAACAGCGCUUCCUGGAGGGUGCCCUGCACCCCUGCAACGUCCUCAUGUGCCCUCACACAUGCGUCACCAACCUGCCCAAGCCCAGACAAAAACAGCCAGAGGUCGGUCCUGCUUCUAUGAUAGUGGGCAACCUGGUGGCAGGCAAGAGGAUAGCACAGGCCUGUGGGAGAGACGUGGCCCAACUCGAGGACAAUGACCAGGCACGUAAGUUCCUAUACAUACAGGAUGUGCUGCAAUGGAGAGCUCAGGCCACUCCAGACCAUCCUCUGUUCCUUGUUCUCAAUGCUAAGGGCACGGUGGCUAGUACAGCUUCCUGUCUGCAGCUGCACAAGCGGGCAGAGCGCGUGGCUGCAGCACUGAUCGGACGCCUCAACACUGGAGACCAUGUAGCACUCGUCUACCCACCAGGGAUCGACCUGAUUGCCACUUUCUACGGCUGCCUGUACGCUGGCUGUGUGCCAGUCACUGUCCGACCCCCCCACCCCCAGAACCUGGCGACCACGCUGCCCACCGUCAAGAUGAUUGUUGAGGUCAGUAAGUCGGUGUGUAUCCUGACCACUCAAACAAUAAUGAAGCUGCUUAAAUCCAAGGAGGCUGCUGCUGCUGUGGACGUCAAGAGCUGGCCCAUGGUGCUGGACACAGACGACCUCCCCAGGAAGAAGAGUCCCCAGAUGUACAAGCCCCCGACCCCGGAGAUGUUAGCUUACCUGGACUUCAGUGUGUCCACAACAGGCAUUUUAGCAGGGGUCAAAAUGUCUCACACUGCCACCAGUGCCUUGUGUCGCUCCAUCAAACUGCAGUGUGAGCUCUACCCUUCCCGGCAGAUCGCCAUCUGUCUGGACCCUUACUGCGGCCUGGGCUUCGCUCUCUGGUGCCUGUGCAGUGUGUACUCGGGCCACCAGUCAAUCCUGGUUCCCCCUCUGGAGCUGGAGAGCAACGCGUCUUUGUGGCUUGCGGCGGUCAGCCAGUACAAAGUUCGCGUCACCUUCUGCUCGUAUUCAGUCAUGGAGAUGUGCACCAAGGGCCUGGGUUCACAGACGGAAGCACUGCGGUUGCGGAAUGUGAACCUGUCUUGCGUGCGUACGUGCAUGGUGGUAGCAGAGGAGAGGCCCCGCAUCGCUCUCACUCAGACCUUCUCAAAGAUCUUCAAGGACUUGGGGCUUUCACCGCGCGCCGUCAGCACCACCUUCGGCUGCAGGGUGAAUGUGGCUAUCUGUUUGCAGCCCAACAGGUUAGGGAAACUGGCUGAGCAGGGCACGGCCGGACCAGACCCCACUACCGUUUAUGUUGACAUGAGAGCUCUACGACACGACAGGGUUCGCUUGGUAGAGAGAGGGUCGCCACACAGCUUACCACUGAUGGAGUCUGGGAAGAUCCUCCCAGGAGUGAAGGUGAUCAUUGCCAACACAGAGACUAAAGGACCCUUGGGAGACUCCCAUCUAGGAGAGAUCUGGGUGAGCAGUCCUCACAAUGCCACGGGCUACUACACAGUCUAUGGUGAGGAGGCGCUGCACGCUGACCACUUCAACACCAAGCUCAGCUUUGGCGACACGCAGACUGUCUGGGCGAGGACGGGCUACCUGGGCUUCCUGCGGCGCACUGAUCUCACAGAUGCCAGUGGAGAGCGCCAUGACGCCCUCUAUGUGGUGGGCUCUCUUGAUGAGACUCUGGAGCUGAGGGGAAUGAGGUAUCACCCAAUUGACAUCGAGACCUCCGUUAUCCGUUCUCACAAGAGCAUAGCUGAAUGUGCGGUGUUCACGUGGACCAACCUCCUCGUGGUGGUUGUGGAGCUUGAGGGAUCGGAGCAGGAGGCCCUGGACCUGGUGGCCCUGGUCACCAACGUUGUCCUGGAGGAGCACUACCUCAUCGUAGGAGUGGUGGUGGUGGUCGACCCCGGCGUCAUCCCCAUCAACUCCAGAGGGGAGAAGCAACGCAUGCACCUCAGAGACGGCUUCCUGGCCGACCAGCUGGACCCCAUAUAUGUGGCUUACAACAUGUGAGGGCCCUGCUGCAGGAGGGUUACCCCUCCACGUGACUCAUCACACAAGAAGAAAAAGCAGGGCAGUAAACGCGGGGCACAUAAUUGUAGCAGGCCCGGGGUCCGUAUGGCUUCUGCUGAAAGAAAGCCAGCUCUUCUUUCUCUCCCACAGAGGGGGAAUAUGAAAGAAACAUGGAUGCAAAACUUCACAGCAAAAUGGAAAGAAAUUCCAGGAGAAAUAGGAGCGACACAAACCUUUUUUUUUUCUCCCUGUGAUUUCUAGCCUCAACAAUUGUUGAAGAGAGUUUUGUAUGUAUGAUAGAGCGUCUGACCCCUUAAACCCGGGACACUCAAUAGCAGUACAGCAGGUGGCGACGGUAUGAUACUACACUGUUCUCCAAUAUUAUGAAUGUUCGUUGUGUCUGCUAUACACUUGUGCCAUACAGACAGGACUGACACCAGUACCCUAACCCUGGUUCAAACUAGCUCUUAACAUGUUUCAUGUUCACAUAGCCUCCUGUGCCAUUGCAGGUCGUAUGUUUUCCACAGAAAAAGUCUAUCCCACGUAUAUAAUGUCAGCUCUUCAGAUUACGGCUGCACCCUGAAGUGAACCCUGAUAUUUGUGUUCAGGCUCAGUUCAGUUCAUGUUAUUGCAUCAACAAAGAGUCACACAGCUGCGGUGUUGGAGGGGCAGUUGGUGUUAUUUGUUACUCAUCCCGGCAGUAGUACUUUAGUUUGUGGUGUCCGUAACAGAACGUGUAGAAAUAAUUUUGUGGUUUGACUUAAUCUUUUCCUUUCUAAAUCUGAAAUCUGUAACAUAGUUAUUGUUUUAUCUGAACAAAAUGCAAUAUGAGUGAUGUGAAAGAUGAAUUUUGAAUGACUGCAGACAAUAAGUGCCGAUCGUUCGAAGUCAUGAGAUGGAGGAAUAUAAUCGUUGCUUACUAUUAGCAACGUGCCAAAUGAUAUAAAUUAAGCCUUAAGUGUUUUUCCAGACGCCUGAUCCUAUUCCAGCUCCUGUUUGACUCAAUUUUGUGAAGUUUAUCAGCUGUUGGAUAGGAAGGGCAAAUGCAGAGGGAGGUUAGGUAUGGUGAAUCCUGCUCUUAUUGCACCCAAAGUCUUUCAUCUUUUUGGCUAAGAUGAAUAUACUUGAUCAUAACAUCAGCCACCACAAACACACUUACUCCAUAAAUAUGUUUAAUAAUGUCUGUCCCUAUUGUUUGUUGUGUUGAAUAGCGAAGGUCUGCAAUAAAUUGCAGUUGGUAUAGGUUUGACGCAGAAUGAAAAAUGUGAGUUGCAUGUACCAUAUGAUGGCAAGUGUCUAAUAUGCUAGUAACACCUUGACCUCCCACCUGAUCCCAUUGACUUUGCAAAGAUUCACUUCACUGUAUGUUGCUUCUUUUUCUACGUGCACAUCCCUUCAGAAACAGGCUCCGGCCCGCUGUAAGUAUGUACAGGUUUUAUGUAAAUUAUUAAUAGAUGGAGGAGACGACAGGAAGCAUAACACAAAGACUGAAUCUGGUAUGUAUGUGAACUUCUCCCUCACAGACAAAACAUAUUUUAAACUUAUUCUUAUGUGUGGACAUUGGGAAGAGACAUGAAAAGCCUUGUAAACAUUUUUAUAGUAGGAAAGAACAGUGGGAACUUGCCACUUCCGUGAUGAGGCGGAGCACACUCCGAGCACAAGGAGAAGACAGUAAUGUGGUGGUGACUGCUGAGUCGGCACAUCCUCCAGAGCAAACUUUUGUUGUUAACAUAUGAAAAGAUACAUUUGUCUGAUAUAUGGUUAGUUGUCAUUAUUUUCCUAACAUGAUUUCUCAAUGAAUAAAAAAGUGCUUUUAACUUGAAA